AGAGUUUCGACGACGUUGACGUGGGAGUCAUCACCGGUGAUGUCCAAAUCAAUCCCGAGGCAAACUGUCUGAUUAUGACAACUGAGAUUCUGCGUUCCAUGCUUUAUAGAGGCGCAGAUCUGAUUAGAGACGUGGAGUUUGUCAUUUUCGACGAGGUCCACUACGUCAACGAUAUAGAAAGAGGAGUGGUUUGGGAAGAGGUCAUCAUUAUGCUUCCCGAGCACAUUAAGGUUGUGUUGCUUUCUGCCACGGUUCCAAAUACCUAUGAAUUUGCUUCGUGGGUCGGGCGUACCAGACAGAAAGACAUUUACGUCAUUUCGACGUCCAAGCGUCCUGUGCCGUUGGAAAUAUUUGUGUGGGCCAAGGACGAUAUUUUUAAGCUAAUUGAUGCUAACGGAUCUUUCCAGCAGAAGAAUUUCAGAUUGCACGAGGACAAGCUUCUCAAGAAGAAGGAUGUUCCUGAGAGUAACGCCAAGGGAAAAGGCGGGGCUGUGGUUCGCGGCGGAGCACGAGGUGGUGCGAGAGGCGGCCGUGGAGGGGCCCGUGGAGGCUCAACAAUGUCAGGAAAAAUGUUCAAAAGAGACGGGCCAAACAAGAACUCGUGGCACAAUCUGGUGACGUUCUUGCAAAAGAAAGACCUCAUGCCGGCAGUCAUCUUUGUGUUCUCCAAGAAACGUUGUGAAGAAUACGCAGACACUUUGCGAGGAGUGAAUUUCUGCACCGCUAAGGAGGCGUCACAAAUCCAUAUGUUCAUUGACAAAGCUGUUUCCAGACUUAAAAAGGAAGAUCGGGAGCUGCCUCAGAUCCUCAAAGUCCGUGAAAUGCUUUCUCGGGGUAUUGCGGUUCAUCACGGUGGUCUUUUGCCGAUCGUGAAAGAAAUCAUUGAGAUUCUAUUUUCCAAGACCCUUAUCAAGGUCCUUUUUGCAACGGAGACCUUUGCCAUGGGACUUAACCUCCCAACAAGAACUGUCGUUUUUAGCGAAUUGCGGAAGCAUGACGGAACAGGAUACAGAAACCUGCUUCCUGGUGAAUUCACGCAGAUGUCAGGCCGCGCAGGUCGCCGUGGAUUGGAUAGCACGGGUACUGUGAUUGUGAUGGCUUACAACCAACCGCUGGAGGAAUUUUCAUUCAAAGAGGUGACCAUGGGUACUGCUACAAAGCUAUCAUCGAAAUUUAGACUCACAUAUAACAUGAUUUUAAACCUGCUUCGUAUAGAGGCAUUGAGAGUGGAGGAGAUGAUCAAAAGAUCUUUUGGUGAGAAUACAACUCAAUCGCUGCUGCCUGAACAUGAAAUUGAGAUUGCCAAGCUUGAAAAGCAGCUCAAGGAUCUGAAAAAGCAAAACAUUUCCGAGGAAGACAACGCCAAACUUAACCUAUUCUACGAAACGAUGGAGGAAAUGAAGGAACAGUAUGGCGAUCUUGUGCAGGAGAGUAUGAAGCUGUUGUACUACCAAAAGCGACUCAAGGUCGGACGUCUUGUUGUUUACCGUGACCGUGACACAAACCAGUCAUAUCCUGCUGUGACGGCUAGAUGGAGCAACGGUGACGACAAAAUAACUCUUUUGACUUUGGAUGUCCAACAAAGUUCUAAGAACCAGUUCAAUUGUGUGUAUACGACCAAUUUUGGUCAGCCUUAUGUGGCAAAGUUCUUUAGCAAGUGGAAAGCGGGCACCAAUUUCAAAUUCAUCGAUGUUUCUCUUAGUGACAUAGAGUUUGUUGGCGCAUACUCUGUGCGGUCCUAUAUCAAUGGCAUCAUUAACAAGGACCCUAAAAGUAUCAGUGGUUUCAAGACGGAGGUGGGCCAGCUUCUUCGAUACCAACGUAAAUGGGGUGAGCUGGACUGGACUGCAUUCCAGAACCCAAAUAUGAUUGAUAUCUUGACACGCAUCGAUGAGCUGCGGGAUACGGUGAUGAAUUGCUUUGCUGACGAAAAGUUUGACUCACUUGUCGAAGCAGAAUAUCCAACUUUCAUGAACCGCAAGAACAUUGAGAAACGCAUAGAAUCUUUGAGAAGUCUGAUGAGCGAGGAGAACCUGGAGCUUUUGCCUGACUACGAGCAACGUUUGGAGGUUUUGAAACAGCUGGGAUUUGUCAAUGACCAGCUGACGGUCACGCUAAAAGGACGCGUUGCUUGUGAGAUCAAUUUCGGCUUUGAGUUGAUUGUUACCGAACUCGUUUUCGAGAACAUUUUGGGAACGUUUACCAGCGAGGAAAUUGUGGCUUUGCUUUCGUGCUUUGUGUAUGAUGGAAAACGGGGAAACGAAGAGGGCCCAGCUCCUUUGUGCACGCCACGCCUGGAGAGUGGAAAAGACAAGAUAGUGGAAAUCGUGGAGCAGGUGAUGAAGGUGUCCAACGAGAACAAGAUCAUAUUGACAGCAGAAGAAGAACAGUUCCUUGAAAACAACCGGUUUGGGUUGGUGAACGUCGUUUACGAAUGGGCCAGAGGACAGUCGUUCAAGGAUAUCAUGGAACUGAGCAACGACGAAAACGAAGCAGAAGGAACGAUCGUCAGAGUCAUCACAAGAUUAGAUGAAGUGUGUCGUGUGGUGAUGAAUUGUGCUCUUAUCGUGGGUGACUCUGAACUACAUAUGAAGAUGGGUGAGGCUCAAGAAAAAAUCAAACGAGACAUCGUUUUCUGUGCUUCGCUGUAUUUAUAGAUGGAACAUUGGGUACAUAAAUUAGCUUUUCAUUUUCUUUUGAGACUGCGUGGCUUGGUGACACCUGCGGGCCGCACCGUCUUGACUCCGUCCAGCGUCUUGAGCGGCUUGACUGAUCCUUUACCCUUGUUUAGUCGCAGAGCAGGUUUUGUACUCGCCAAAUUAGGACCUGCCUCUACCACAAUCGAGACCACCGUUUCUCCGCGCAAAAUCACCAAUCCCAGUAACCGUUUUUCUUCGCUUAUCCCUGAUUCAUCCGCAUCAACAGCUUUUUGCUCGCGAAGCUGUUUUUUAGACCGCUUUGUCAGUCUAAACUCCUCUGCAUCUGCCAGAACUAAAUUCAUGUGCGAGUCAAAAGAUAAGAGGGUUCCUGUGAACUGUGAGGUAUCCAGUGUGGUCACUCGCACACGGAAGUUUAUAAGGUUUGCC